AUGUCCUACUUGGCGACAUCUACCUAUCUAGCCUUGUCGCUAGUUACCCUGGAUAGUAUACCUGCUCUCCACAGUGUCGUCAACCGCAUUUCUGGCAAAGCGCGUGAUUAUGAGCCUAUCCAACUAGCCAAAGAUUGCUACAGUGAUGAAGAUGGUGAAGCGACCGAGGAAUCUCUCCGUGUCUUCUCUGAUAAAUGGCAAAGGAUCGCCAUCGCCCUGUUCUCCAUCGCCGGACUUCUGCUAACUCUUGCAUUGGCCGUGCUUGCAACAUUGAAGCUUCCCAAUGACAACUCUACGCCAUUGGUAUGGCUGCAGUUCGGAGUGUGGGUUUUUCUCAUUAUUCAAGCUGUUGCUCUUUUCACUGAGCCUCGCCCGACAAGCAGAUAUGUUCUAGGCCACUUCGCUUUCUGGGGGAGUCUCGUUGCUAUUUCGGUUCCGGCAAUUGAAAUGGGCAUCUUGAUCUUCUCUCAACACGCCAUCCCUCAUGGCCGAAUUUGGGUCGGACUGCAAUCGGCUCAAAUUGCUAGCGCUGCUUUUCGCGCUGUAUUCUGUGUUCUACUACCGCGUCGUCCAGAUGUUUACCAUGAAGAUAAACUGGUUGAGCAGGAGCUUUCAGUCUCCCUGCUCAGCCGCUUCACUUUCAGCUGGGCCAAUCAGCUGCUCAACCACGCAGUGAAGCACAAGUACAAGAUCAUGGAGCUUGAUGAUAUUCCCAAGCUGACUGCAUCAAAUCGUGCUGAUUUCCUGCGCGAAAGAUUCGAGAUUGCUAGACAAAAUCGGAAAUUGUGGAAAGCGAUUAUCGUGGCGCAUUGGCGGUCACUCCUCGUGCAGGCGAUGCUUAGUCUCCUGAUUUGCUUCCUCAGCUUUGGGCCCCAGCUCGCCCUAUUUCAGAUCUUGAAAACACUUGAGCUACGUGGUACCCCGUAUUGGAAUGCCGGGGCAUCAUAUAUCUGGGUCCUGGCUCUGGGUGGGUUCUUAUUCCUCAGCUCGAGUGUGGAGGCAUGGCUAUUUUGGGUGGUAUACUCUAAGCUUGGCGUUCCGACCUACGCAGAGCUGUCAGCGGUCAUAUUUGCCAAAGCUAUGCGUCGCAAGGACGUGAAGCAUACAAAGAAGUCCAACACGCCUGAUGAAUCCAAUGGUUCCACCAAGGAACCUGCAGAGGAAGAUGAAGAUGACGAGGAUGCAUUGAAGAAGAGCCGCCAGAGUAUUAUCAACCAUGUGGCCGUGGAUGCUCGACGGGUUUCAGAUUUUGCCUCUUUCAACUAUAUCAUCCCACAGGCGACUUUUAGAAUCAUUAUCGGUGCUGCGUUUCUGGUCCAAAUUCUCGGCUGGCGCAGUGCCUUUGCCGGCCUUUCAGUCUCUGCUGUGGUGGCACCACUGAAUAUCUACGUGGCUAGGAAAUAUUCGAAUGCUCAGGACCGAUUGAUGAAGUUCCGUGAUCAGAAGCUGGCGAUCGUUACCGAGGUGCUGCAGGGAAUUAGGCAGAUCAAAUUCUCAGCUUUAGAGAAGCAAUGGCAGAAGCGUGUCCAGGAUACACGAGAAACUGAACUUCGCGCAUUGUGGGCUGCCUUUGUUGCUGAUAUUGGCCUACUAGCCAUCUGGGUUCUCGGGCCCGUCGGCUUAUCCGCCGUUUCACUGACUACAUACGCCAUUAUCAAUGGUACUUUGACACCUUCCGUUGCUUUCACUGGUAUGGCAAUCUUCAAUUCUCUCGAGGUGUCACUCGCCAUUAUACCAGAGCUCAUGUCGAUGGGCCUGGAGGCGAAGGUAAGUGCGGACCGUAUCGACAAAUUUCUGGCCACUGCCGAAAAUGUUGUCAAUACUGUCCCUGCUGAAUAUAUUGCUUUCGACAAAGCCUCUGUUGUGUGGCCUGCGGAGGAACAAGAUAUCCAAAAUUCCGAGGAUCGUUUCGUGCUGCGUGACAUGACCUUGAAAUUCCCGACGAAAGGUCUAAGCGUGGUGUCGGGCAGAACUGGCUCUGGGAAGAGCCUGCUUCUCUCAUCGAUCCUAGGCGAGUGUGAUGUCCUCGCCGGAAAGAUCAUGGUACCGGUUCCGCCUCCUAUCCCAGAUCGAUUUGAUCAUGUUGCGACAAAAGCAAAUUGGAUUAUCGAUUCGGCCAUUGGCUAUGUUGCGCAGAUGCCAUGGAUCGAAAAUGCUACAAUCAAGGCGAACAUUCUAUUUGGACUUCCGGAUGACGCAGAGCGCUAUCAGCAGGUUAUCUUUGCUUGCGCUCUGGAAAAAGACUUCGAGAUGCUCCCGGACGGCGAUAUGACUGAUAUUGGUGCGAAUGGUGUCAACCUGAGCGGUGGCCAACGCUGGCGUGUCUCUUUCGCCCGCGCAUUGUACUCUAGGGCUGGGAUACUAAUCAUGGAUGAUAUUUUCAGCGCUCUCGAUGCCCACACAGGUCGUCACGUCUUUGAGCAUGCUCUCACCGGGGAACUCGGCCGGAACCGGACCAGGAUACUGGUCACUCACCAUGUUGCACUGUGUCUGCCUCGCACGGACUACUCCGUGCUUUUGGAGAAUGGUCGUAUCAAAUAUGCAGGCACCAUUGAUGAUCUGAGGGAAUCACAUCAGUUGGAGGAUAUCCUUCGCGAGGAGCAAGUCGCAGAACAAGCAGAUCUUGCAGCAGAUGGAGACGAACACGAAGUAUUCAAUGAUGAGGAAACAACUCUUCAAAAAGUGAUCUCGAAUAAAUCCUUCCCGAAAGCAAGCAUGGCUCCAAAUACCCAAGCUCCCGACGCAAAUGGAGUUGCUACUGCACCGACGUCUACGCCGAAGAAGUUUGUCGAAGACGAAAAAAGAGAAACUGGUUCUGUGCGGCUAGCGGUGUACCUUGCUUUCUUGAAUAAAGGCGGCUCUGUGUUCUAUUGGGUGGUGACGCUCGCGGUCUAUGUAUUGUUUUCGACCCUCCUGGUUGGACGUUCUUGGUGGAUCAAUAUUUGGACAAGUUCAUCCUCUAAUACUAGGGCCCAUCCUGAGCACUACAAUAUCCUACUGCAGCAUGCCAUGGUACCAAUGGAACCGGUCCCACAACAUGACGACCUCCCUAUGUACCUCGGAAUCUAUGUUGCUAUCUCGAUCACUGCCUGUAUAAUCGGAACGGCCCGUUAUUACUGCAUUCUUUCAGCGUCAGUCCGGGCCUCGAGGAACCUGUUCAAUGGUUUGAUUUAUACUAUCCUCCGCGCGCCGCUCCGGUGGCUAGACACUGUUCCAUUGGGGCGAAUUCUCAAUCGCUUCACAGCCGACUUCCACUCAAUCGAUUCACGAAUUGGAUACGACAUCGGAUUUUUUGUAGGCAAGAUACUGGAGGUUCUCGCAAUCAUGAUUGCGGGGAUCCUUGUUGACUGGACAAUGAUAUUGUUCGGCUUGGUCCUCUUGGCCAUAUGUCUAAAGCUGGCAGCGUCCUAUUUGGAAGGUGCCCGUCAGAUCAAACGUCUCGAGAGCACCGCGAAAAGCCCCGUUUUUGAGCAAUUUGGAUCUAGCCUUGCUGGUCUCAUCACCAUUCGUGCCUUCAGCAAACCAAGCACAUACGUGGAAAUCAUGUACAACAAGAUCAAUCGUCAUGCACAAGCAUGGUGGACGUUGUGGCUGUUCAACCGCUGGCUCGCAUUCCGGAUGAGCAUUGUCGGCGCUAUCUUUUCAACCGUUACUGCUGCGCUAGUCGUCUAUCUGCCGGGUAUCAGUGCUUCACUCGCGGGUUUUGCUCUUAGCUUUGCUUUGCAGUAUAACAGUGCGAUUACAAUGGCACUGCGGCAAUACGCUAACAUUGAACUCAACAUGAAUGCCGUAGAGCGUGUGAUCGAGUAUUCUAACAUCGAGAUCGAGAACCAAGGAGGAGAAGAUGCACCUGCUGCUUGGCCUACAGAGGGCCAUCUCGAAGUUCACGAUCUUGUGGUGGGUUACGCACCGGAUCUCCCACCAGUAUUAAAAGGACUCAGCUUCUCCGUGGAGAAGAACCAGCGUGUAGGCGUCGUUGGACGCACAGGGGCAGGCAAGUCUUCUUUGACGCUUGCACUAUUCCGAUUCCUAGAGGCACGCUCGGGUCAGAUUGUCAUCGAUGGAAUUGAUGUGUCCAAGAUCAAACUGCACGACCUUCGCAGCAGACUUGCAAUCAUCCCGCAAGACCCAGUGCUAUUCUCUGGCACGGUCCGAUCAAAUCUCGACCCGUUCGAAGAAUACAGCGAUACAGAGCUGUACGAUGCGCUAGCACGCGUGCACCUCAUCUCUCAGGCGGAUGACGACGAGCUCACCCUCACAUCGCAGACUGCCACGCCCCGCCAGCCCAGCGAAAUAGACGCCUCGACACCAGCGAAGGCCCAGAAAUCCAACGCGAACCUUUUCACUUCACUCUCCGCGACUAUAUCCGAAGGCGGUCUCAACCUCUCCCAAGGUCAGCGCCAGCUCCUCUGUCUCGCCCGUGCCAUCGUUGCGCGGCCCAAGAUUAUGGUUCUAGACGAGGCAACCUCGGCUGUCGACAUGGAGACCGACGCGUUGAUUCAGCAAUCUAUCCGUGCGGAAUUUGGCCGCAAUGCUACCACACUGCUGGUCAUUGCGCACCGGCUAAGCACAAUUGCGGACUUCGAUCGAAUUCUUGUUAUGGAUGCUGGGAAGGCGGCCGAGUUUGGCACACCGAAAGAACUUAUGGGAAUUGAAGGGGGGGUGUUCAAGAACCUUGUUGAGAAUAGUGGGGAGAAGGAAGUGUUGGAGGAAAUGAUUUUUGCAUGA